CAUCAUUUGAUAGGAUCACUAGGCCCUAUAAAAGCCGUGUCUUUUACAAUUCCAUUCUGGAGAUGAUGAGGCGCAUAUAGAAGCAAGAAAUAUUUAUCGGCGUUCUGACUGCGUCGAGUUCAGUAUUUAUUGGCCGCGGGAUUCGGUUUCAAGCCGUUUAUCGCUUCCCUUUUCCCCUCCGUCGAUCCAAUUCAGGACUUGAAGAUGGGAUUCAACGAAGUCUACAAGUCAUUGCUGGAAAUUUUCCCCGAGGUUGAUUCUCGAGCUCUUAGAGCUGUGGCAUUUGAGCAUAACAAGGAUGUUGACACAGCUGUCGGGGUUGUACUCGAGGAUAUCAUCCCUUUCUUUCUUGAAAGAUUGGGUCUAGGCACUCCAUUUACGCCUAUUUCUGGUGGAAAUGGUUAUGGAUCUCAACCGAUUACCCCAAAGAAAUCACAUGAGAUGAUCAAAAUGAGUGCUGAUCAGCACACCCCUGUUGAGCCUAGAAUUGUGACUGAUAAAACUGGCGAAGAUGCUGUAUGCAUUGAAGUAUCAAGUGAUGCUGAAACAGAGGAAGUUCCUCCGGCUGUUAACUGUCCAGAAAGGAUCAAAAUUAUUUCAUCUGAUAUUACUCUUAAUCAGACACUGGGAACACAGCAAAAUACGGAUAUGGAUCUUGAAACAACUGGGGCAGGUGCUCAAUGCAUUGAAGUAUCAAGUGAUUCUGAUACAGAGGAAGCUUUUCCAGAUGUGAACUUUGAUGAAAGAAUCUUAAAAACUUCAUCUGAUAGUACACUUGGUCCAACGCCGGAAACUCUGCAAAAUAUGUUUAUGGAACUUGAAAUGACUGCCACUCAGGCUAGAGAAGAUUUCAACGUGUCUAUUAAUGAAGAAAAUGGCCUGGGAGUGGCUUUGGUGGACUUAACCAGCUCUACUACUGGGUCUUCUUCAUCCACUGUAUCUGCUAGCCCUUUGGAAAUUGGUGUCCAGACAUUAGAGGCAACUAACAUGCAUGAAAGUGAUUCAGAUAAAUUUGGAACAAGUUUGUCAAGUGAUUCUGUUUCCCAGAUGGCAAUUUCUGAAGAUGUUUCAACCUCAACCACUGCAAUUUCUCAAUCUAGCCAGUUCCAAUCCAUGGGGGUUCUUGACGAAGUUAUUGCACUUGCAAAUAACAAGAAUACAUUGUUCUCAGCAGUGGAGUCUGUUAUAAGCUUGGUGAGGGAAGUGGAGCUAAAAGAGGAAGCUUCAGAAAAAGCGAAGGAGGAUGCUGCAAAAGGUGGGUUCCAUAUAUUGGAAAAGUUUGAAGAGCUUCAACAAAUGCUGAAACAUGCAAAGGAGGCAAAUGACAUGCAUGCUGGAGAAGUGUAUGGUGAAAAAGCCAUCCUAGCAACUGAGCUGAAAGAGCUUCAGACACGUGCGCGCUCUCUAUUAGAUGAAAAGGACAAUGCUCUUCAAAUUCUUGAUAAGAUGAGGCAAACUCUGGAGGAGAGGUUAGCCACAGCCCAGAAUGUAAUAGAUUCUGCAGAGAAGGAAAAACUAGAGAAGGAAGAGGCUGCACAAAAGUCACUAACUGAUCUGGAUUCAGUCAUGGAAAAAGUGGUGCAGGAGUCGAAGAUCCUGAAACAACAGGCAGAAGAUAAUUCCAAGUUGCAGGAGUUUAUAUUGGACCGUGGCCGUGUUGUGGACAUGAUACAAGGAGAAAUAGCUGUUAUAUGUCAGGAUGUGAGGCUGCUCAAGGAGAAAUUCGACAAUGGUGCCCCAUUGAGCAAAUCAUUUCUCUCGGGGCAGACCAGCUUCAUCUUCACCUCUUUGAAUUCAUCAACCCAAGGCUCCAUUUCAGAACCAGUGGAACCAGAGCCUCACAGGGAUCAUUCAUCUGCAACUCAGGAAGGAAAAGAAAGAGAACAGGAACAGGUCCUGGAAGAGGAAGAGGAAGUGGAAGUGGAAGAGGAAGAGGAAGAGGAAGAGGGAGCAGCAGUAGACGACCGCAGUGCACUUCUACGAGAUGGAUGGGACAUUUUCGACAAACAUGAAAUCUAUCCAUGAUUACAUGGCAUCCUCAGCUCCAUCUCCUCCCACUCUUCUUAAGUCUUUCUAAGACCCACAUUUUGCACAUGGUUUCUGUAGUUAGUUUGCCAUUUCAUUUCAAUUUCUUGGGAUUUCCAAUUCUGUCAUCUAGACUCAAGAAUGUGGGAAAGAUUUUUCCAUAGACAAGAGUACCUUGUACAGUCUGCCUGCUUUCAGUCACUUUUCCAUUUUUAUGUAGAUGGCUUUUCUUUUGCAAAA